AUGAUUUUAGUAUUACUAUUAUUAUCAUCAGUACUUACGGUAGCUUGUAGUGAAAUAUUGUCUAUCGAGGAUUACUCAAUAUUAGAUAACGUUAAUGCCGCUAAUGAACAAGAGAAAGAGUAUGAUGAUGAGUCAUUCAUUGACGAUGGAUUAAGAUUCCGUCAAGAGGCCGAAGACAAUGAACCUUUGAGGAACAACGAACCUUUUGAAGACGAUGAUGUUAAUCUGCAAACUCAUGCGGCUAUUAGAUCUGCUAAUGCUGAUGAUGAUUGCGAUCUCAGACAGUCUGAGAGGCUUGACUAUUUCGACUACCGUAAAUUCUGCGAAGGAAAGAAAUAAAGCUUCAAACCAUAAAAAAAAUACAUUUCUUUAUAUUUUAAUACCGAUAAUAAUACAAUUUUUUAAAUAA